AUGUCAUCUACUUGGAAUAUCCAGGCCAAAAAGGACCAGGAAGAACUUCUGGAAGUAAAGAUAGAGGACCAGGAGGAGGAAGAGAAUAAAUAUACCUCCAGACAGGAUGAGAGCCUUCAAAAGAACAACAGAGAGGUCUUUCGACAAUACUUCAGGCAGUUCUGCUACCAGGAAACAUCUGGACCUCGGGAAGCUUUGAGCCGACUCCGGGAGCUUUGCCAUCAAUGGCUGAGGCCAGAGACUCACACCAAAGAACAGAUCCUGGAGCUGCUGGUGCUGGAGCAGUUCCUGACCAUCCUACCUGAGGAACUUCAAGCCUGGUUACAGGAGCAGCAUCCAGAAAAUGGAGAGGAGGUGGUGAAUGUGCUGGAAGAUUUAGAGAAAGAGCUAGAUGAACCAGGAUAUCAGGUUGCAGGAACAGAAGAACCCAGUGUGUCCCUCCAGUCUAUGAAAACCCAGUGUGAAUCUCCAGAACUUGAAGCUCAAGAGAAGCAAGUUUCAGAUAUUAAGACUGAAAAUGAGUACAGGAAUUUAACUCCAAAACAAAAAGUUCCUGAAGGAAUGAAACCAUGUGGGAAUGUGUCUAGCAGAUUUGAAAAUGAUAUAAACCAGUCUGCUAAGUGUGGAGAAACUCAAAAUUCAGAAGAAUCUUCUGGAUGCUCCAGGGAACAUAAACAACCUAUAUGUGAUGAAAAUGGAGUGAGUUCUACUGAGAACUCAGAUCAUGCUGAAAAGAGAACCUGUCCAGGAGAAAAAUCUUAUGAAUGUAAUGACUGUAGAAAAACUUUUAAUCAGCAGUCUUGCCUCAUAGAACAUAAGAGAAUUCAUACUGGUGACAGGCCCUACAAGUGUGAGGAAUGUGGAAAAACCUUUCGUGGGAGAACUGUACUUAUUCGACACAAAAUAAUACACACUGGAGAGAAACCAUAUAAGUGUAAUGAGUGUGGCAGGGCCUUUGGACAGUGGUCAGCUCUUAAUCAACAUCAGAGACUUCACUCUGGAGAAAAACACUAUCACUGUAAUGAAUGUGGCAAAGCUUUUAGCCAGAAAGCAGGCCUCUUUCACCAUCUCAAGAGUCACACAAGAGACAAACCUUAUCAGUGUCCUCAGUGUAAUAAAAGUUUUAGUCGACGUUCCAUACUCAUUCAGCAUCAAGGAGUUCACACUGGUGCGAAGCCCUAUGAGUGCAAUGAGUGUGGAAAAGCUUUUGUUUAUAACUCAUCCCUUGUUUCCCAUCAGGAGAUCCACCACAAAGUAAAAUGCUAUCAGUGCAAAGAAUGUGGGAAAUCCUUCAGUCAGAGUGGCCUUAUUCAAUAUCAGAGAAUCCACACUGGGGAGAAGCCAUACAAGUGUGAUGUAUGUGAAAAAGCCUUUAUUCAAAGGACAAGUCUUAUAGAGCAUCAGCGAAUUCACACUGGAGAAAGACCCUAUAAAUGUGAUAAAUGUGGGAAGGCUUUUACUCAAAGAUCAGUCCUCACGGAACAUCAGAGAAUCCACACUGGAGAGAGGCCCUAUAAGUGUGAUGAAUGUGGAAAUACCUUCCGAGGAAUCACCAGCCUCAUUCAACAUUAGAGAAUCCACACCGGGGAGAAACCCUACCAAUGUGAUGAGUGUGGCAAAUCCUUCAGGCAGAGUUCAGAUCUUAGUAAACACCAGAGAAUCCAUAAUAGAGGUGGUCUCUGUAAAUGUAAAGAGUGUGGGGAAUCAUUCAGUCAGAACUCAGCUCUUACACAACAUCAGACUAUCCAUAAAAGAGGAAAAUCUGUUUCUUUGUGA